AUGGAGUAUCAAACAGACCCCUCUGCAAGCGGUAACUCUACCUUCAAGUUUCAGAGUCAAGCAGGAGACCAAGAUACGGCUCCUUUCAAGAAAGAGUUCAGUUCCUACUUCGACAUCUCUCCCAGACUUGAUGGCUCGCCGCAUAGCAACUCCACUGCCGACAUCAGUCCUGGGACACUGCCCCAGCGAGAUUCCUAUCAUACCACACGACCUCCGUUCUUCCGGUUCUAUUCAGACUUUGAUGCUCUACACACGAGAUUGCACAACCAUGUCAGUAGAAUAAGCCGCCCUACCGCUGGUGCCUCUCCCUCAGGGUCACACUCUCUUCGGUCUCAAGUCACACUCUCCUCGAAACCAGGAACUGGUCCAUCCGUCGAACUCUCUUCUCUCCGUUCAUCACGGCGUUCUUCUGGGGCAUCCACGAAGACUUCGCCUCCAUCGGGAUCACAUCCAUCAAAAGAGAACCGUCCAUACUCCCUUCAUCGACUGAAGCUGAGGCGUGUCCUGGCGAGAUCUCCUUCCUGGAAUGCCGGCGUCGAGGGAAGAGAGGCCUCUGCUGAUUCUGCACGACGCGUGUCUUCGACUGGAUCAGAGGCGCAGACGAGCCUGGGCGACAUCAUUGUUAUCCGAACUGACCAAACCCCGCUGACACCGCCAUCAAAGAGUGUUCCUGCUACCGAAUUGUCCACCCCAAGCUCUAUAAAGGUGGAGAAGGAGUUUGCGGAACACAACUUCCAUUGCAGACUGCAGCAAAAGCCUCAGUCAUCUGAGCGGCAAGGCCAAACAUCAUCUCGUAGGAGUUCAAUCAACCCUAAAAUCAUCCUAACGAACCCGUUCCAUUACAUCCGCUAUGCGAGUCUGCCCAAACGCACAAAGACGCCAUCGAUACCUAAGGAGCCUCACUCGACUCCGAUUGCACGAGAGGCGCCAAUGGCAGACCAUACCAGCCAGCUCAAGAGGAAUUAUACCUCGGAAGCACUCCAACGUGUGACGAGCAUCUUGCAGGAGAUAAAGCAGGCACCCCAGACCUCGCUGUGGCCACCUCAGGUCAUAAAGCCGUUGAGAUGGAGAACGUUCUCAGAUAAGUCAUUCUCGCAGCAAACGAAAAGGGAACCGCGGACCGUGCAAGGCAUUAUAUCCGAGAUCGACAACAACCACAAAAGCAGUGGUGAAUUACUCUCCGGCGUGCAAUCAUAUACCUCCAGCCAGCGGAACUUGCGCAUGGGCAUCGUGCCUACGAAUACUCCUGAUGAGACGGCCACAUACAAAGUUAAAAGAAGCCCUAGCGCAGAGACAGAGGAAUUCCUGAGGGUUGACAUCAGUAUCAGAGGAGGUACCAGCUAUCUACCAAGCGAGGCUCGUCGAAUACACACCCCGCCGCUGCCGGAAGAAGGAGUAGAUGGGCGGUGGAGGGGCUUUUUCUUCGACUACAACGCUCCGGGGGGGCGGUCUGUCUGCCCACGAGGAACAGAAAGCGCAGAAGGUGGAUUGGACAGUGGAAGCACCAGCCAGGACAGCAACGCAACCUCGGGUCACAGUCGAACCAAACCAGCCGGUAAGAAGCCAAAGAGGGUCAAGAGCAAGAGCAAGCGGAUCCUGGCCGGGGACUGGUACGACGUGAAGCUGGCAGAAGUCGACAUGGACAUUCAGGCCGACCAAGGCGAGAUGAAGCACGCCAAACAAGGCGACAGAAGAGUCAACUCGCCCGAAUGUCUGUCCAAGAUCCGCAAGAUGCUGCACGACGCCCAGCAGUUUGAUCUGAGCAUCCCCGAGCAUCUGCCCAGCAGCCCGCUGUGUCCACGGCAUCCCCGGUACUGGCGCGUGGUCAAGGGGCGAGGCAGCCAAUUCCGGGGCUGUUGGAUGCACGGGCUGGGUGCUUUGGAGACAGAAUCCGAGAAAAGCAAUCAGGAAUCCCAGUGUCUGUACAUCUCCAAGUAG